GCUGCUUUCACAGAAAGUGGUAGAUCUUAAUAGCUUCCACUGACGGAGCAGAUAUUCUUCAAUUGCAAACCGCAGAGCAGAAAAUCCUUUUCCAUCAUGAACACAGACAAUACUGAAUUUCUUCCCACAAUAGGAAAUGGAAUUGACAAUUCCACUGCUGAUGCAAAUGUGAAGCCUUUGGAGAAAGAACAGAGGGAUAUCUCAUUCCCUGAGAAUGGAAUUCAGUAUAUUAAAGGAAUGAUAAAGGUCGAGGACGAAGACACAGGAAACAAUGAGAAGUACCCUGAGGCUGAGUCAGAAUGCGCAAUUUUGCCAAAGGAGGAAAGAAAUGUCUCUGAGGAACAAAUGGAGGAAGGAUAUGAUGGCAACAGAACAGAAGAUGACGAUUACAAUGAUGAAGAGAGAGAUUGCGGGGCUGAACCAGAGGACUUGUCGUUGGUAGACUACUCACUGUACAACAGUGCAGCUCUGCAGGAUGGCUCAGCAGAGGCCACAUCCGAGAGGACCUACAUGACUGGAGCCAUGAGUCCCCACACGCAGUCAAUGGGGAAGCUUAACUGUGACAUCUGCGGCUUGUCCUGCGUCAGCAUCAACGUACUGCUGGUGCACAAACGCAGCCACACGGGUGAAAGACCAUUCCACUGCAGUCAGUGUGGCGCUUCCUUUACCCAGAAGGGAAACCUGCUUCGCCACAUCAAACUACACUCCGGGGAAAAGCCUUUCAAAUGUCCCAUGUGCAGCUACGCUUGCCGCCGACGUGACGCCUUAAGCGGACACCUGCGCACCCAUUCUGUAGAGAAGCCCUUCAAGUGCAACCUCUGCAGUCGUAGUUACAAGCAGCGCAGCUCCCUCGAGGAGCACAGAGAGAGGUGCCAUGUGUACAUUCACAGUAAUGCACCUGCUGAGAAAGCAGACGACAGUCCCAUUUCGAGGACUCAGAUGGGCACUGAGCGUGCGCUGCUUCUUGACAGGCUCGCCACAAAUGUAGCCAAACGCAAGAGUUCCAUGCCGCAGAAGUUUACAGGUGAUAAUGGUGUCUGUCUGGACCUGAGCUUGAACAGGAAUCCAGUUCACCAACAGGACCCUCCAUUAGGCUCCCCUGGGCCUGACGUCCACUGCCAACAGCCGUUAAUGCGUUCAGGCCCAGAAAGUGAUCUAGCUCACUCGCAAAGGCCAUACCCAGUUCUGCUAAACCGCAAUGAAAUCAGUCCUAUUGGCCUUACCAAUGGCCACAAGAUGAUCAUGCCGAUGCCAGGUGUCCUUCAUUCCCACCAACAACAACCUGGCAUGGAAACCUUCCACAAUGAUGGCUCUCAGGGAUCUCAUAUCAUGUAUAGCCUAGGCCAGUUGCUAGGAGGACUGAACCAUCAGAAUGGGAUGCCACACCCUCAGUCCAUUCCCUUGUCACCCCUGGAAGCUUUGCAGGUAGCGCGGGCUGAAGGAGAGGCUGGUGGGAUUCCUGGGGCAUUGUACUCCUGCAGCCACUGCAAGGUGAUCUUUCUUGACUAUGUCAUGUUCACGAUCCACAUGGGAUGUCACGGAUUCCGCGACCCACUUGAGUGCAAUGUGUGUGGUCAUCGCAGUCGGGACCGAUAUGAGUUCUCAUCACACAUAGUUCGUGGAGAACACCGGCUGGAAACGAAGUAGAUAUCAUGCUAUUAUGUGCACACAUUAAACAGUUACGUAAGAAAUAAUAAACAAAUGACUGAGUGUGUUAACUGUAAGAGGUAGCUAAUGAAAUCAGAAAGGACUAUACGUUGUGUGUCUGAGUGUAUAUUAUAGCAGUAGCAGUGAUGAAUGGCAGGCUCUUAAUUGUACUGUGCUGAAAUGGGUCUAUAUCAGUUUUAUGUCUUGCAUUAGCAUUAGCAGUUAUUCAUAUAGAGCAGUCAAAUGUUCACCAAAAAAGUAAAAAUAUAUUCUGCUUGUGAAUCAAAAAAUCAUUGUAAGGAGGUAAAAAUAAAAUUAUUUUUGUCACGUUAACGCCUUCCCCAUGUUGUGGUUCAUCAUCCAAAAACAUUUGUUAAGGAGAAACAAUAGCAGAAAUAAUUUUAUAGGUCACGUCUCAGCUUUGUAGGCUGUGGCACACCUUUGACGUGUUGUAACACAGCAGUGCAAAUCACCAAUUUCAUGAGUAAUGACUUUGAUUCUUUGUACAAUAAUAUAAUAUUUACGGAUAUUACAAAGUCUGCCACAAUUCGAGUUCACAUUCAAUCGAUCAGUUUCAUAUAUUAUUACAUUUCAUUUAAAGCAACACUAUGUAACUUUUUGAUUUUGGUCGAUUUUAAAAACGCCGGUGGACAAAAGCGGUAGUGUUUUGCAUAGUGUCGUAAAAUCAUCAAUCAAUAAAAAAUUAAUCUCCCGGUCGCCUGCAGAUGGCUCAAACAACAUUUCCGUUUCCAGUGGCUGUGUGAAAGCUGAAUAGUAAUAUGGUAAUGAAUCGAGUUAUGGCUAAACAAUAGCGUAUGACAGUUAGCAACCAAGUGGCUUAGUGUGGGGAUCGUCACGUUACCGAGUAGAAGUCGGGCCAAUGUUUAUUCUUGAGUAUCCUGGUACCCUCCGUUUUUUGUUCCUCCUCAGACAAAACUUUUUGUCUCUUUUGUUGCUCUGCCAUCUUUGCAGAAUUCGCGCAAAAGCGUUCAUAGGCCUGUCGCAAUAACAAAUUUGGGUGGGUGAUAAAUUAUCUCUUAAAUUAUUGUGAUAUUAUUGCCUCACCCCCCAAUUUUUUUAAACAAUUUACAAUAACACAGUGAGAAUACAGUACAUAGAGAUCAAGUGCACCCAUUUACAUGCAAUAAAUGUUUACUCUUAAAUUCAAAUACUUUUUAAGACAUCACAACCAUAAACAAUAGACCAUGCCUCUUUUUAGUAAAAAAAACAAUAUUAAUACCGCACAGAAACACAGAAUAAAUAAAAUGUCUUUUUCAAGAGAAAAUAAAAUCGCACUUCAAUAGCUUAAGCAUUUAGACCUUUUCUGUUAUAAAAAAAAAAAAAAAAAACUUCAGUAAGGGGUGAAGGGAAAAGGUACCGUUCUCGCACAUGCCAUAUAAUUGUUUGCAUUAGUCUAACACAUUCAUUUAACUAUAGUUUAGGCAGACUUCACUCAGUGGCCUUGACACAGUAAAGUUAAUCACCUUAUCGGGGCUCCUGAGGAGGAAAAGGAAAAAUGGUACCGUUUUCUCGUAGGCACCGUCUAACUUGCAUUACUCGAACACACGUAAUAUAAUCAAUCAGGGAAUAGUAUCAUUUCUCAUAUUCACUGUAGGACUGCACUACUCUAACACACCUAAUGUAAAAUAAAUAGCACACCAUAGUUUAAAGAAACAGAAUAGAUACACAAAGCCAUCUUAUCACAGAAUCCCAACGUGUGCGUCUCAAGCAAGAUUGACACACAAACUCUGGCAAUCAGUUCUCCCGACAAACGAACAAGGACAAAGACCAGCGCACUUUGUCCUAAAACAAGUAGUGCCAGCCCGAUAACAAAGUUGAUAGCAGGCGCUUGUGACGUCAAGACCAGCGUCGGUCGCUGUGGCAACCACAUCCCAUCCACACACGAACUUAAACAGCCCGAAACCAGCCAGAGAGGGAUGAUCCCAAAGCAACGCCCGGACACACCUUCGGCCGGCCCACUACAUCACGGACUUAAAAACACUGGACACUGAGAUAACACAGAUUUGCUGCUCGGAAACAUUUUCUAUGUAGCCUUGCUUUGGAUCCAGAAUGGUCCCUCCGUUGUCUGUUUUUGCCUUGUUUUUUGACCAUUGUCGACGAAUAAAUUGUCAACCUGGUUUCGGUGAGUCUUCUUCAAACUUUUGGAACAUGGAUUCAGUACAAAGGGUUAACAUCAGAGAUGAACACGCGGAGUUCCGCCUUCCCGGUUGGCGCGCGCGGGGGCAGCACCGGCAGAGCGGCACUUUGUUCAGCUGUCGCUGUUUCCGUGCGCCUUGGCCGGGGGGGGGGGGCGAAUUCCAACAGGGGGAAGUGUAAAUAAAUUAUAGAAUUAAGAUUUGUUAUUAAUGAAAAAAAAGUUUUCGUUGGCUGUCAACGAGUAGCAUUUGCAAUCGCUACACAAAAAUAGCAAUGUAAAUUGCCCAAAAGAAUAAUCAGAGACCUAAGACAACCAGAGGAUAUAAUAUAUAAAAUAGAUGCGUGGUGGUAAAGGGUAGAAUUUUGAAAGAGGAGAAUGUCAUUGUCAGUCGCAUAAGAAAAAGGUGUCGAUAAAAAAGCUAAGCCUAUGCUUUGGUCGGCUCGUUUUUUUCGUCCUUUUCAGCCCUCGACACUCAAGCCAUCUCUUUAACUGAACAUUUGUAUGUUCUUCCACAUCUUUACCAGGGAAUUUGGCACCAGGGACAUCAUUUUCGGACAACAUUGGUCUGUAAACAUCUCGUUUGGACACGAUUUCCAGUAGCGUGCCCCCUUAGCAACAUUAGCAUCAUGAAUAUUAAUGAGCGGAAGUGACGUGUAGCGUGCGGUACCCCCAUUGGACUUCAACAACAACAGAGAAAGAGUAAUUAAAUAGCAGUAACAAAAAAUUUGUAUUAUGUAGUAUUAAACAAGAUUAAACAGAGAUAAAACGGUCUCAUUUAUUCAGCAAUGUAGCGGACUACACUUUCCAUGAGGGAACGCCACUUUGCGCAGUCUCGUUUGUAUUUCACACAUCAAGCGAACACAUCUGUAAUUGUCGAUUGAAGUGACGAGGAAGGCUUCGCUUGUUGCAAUGCAGUUUUGCUUACCAAGCAGUGAAAACUAUAGAGGGUUAUGGUGUUUCAAAUGAGCAUGUAGAUUUGUUGUGUUGGCCGUCUUUGUUGAAACAACCUUUAAACAAAUUUUGCAGACUGGUUCAUCCUUUUUGGUUGCCUCGUCAUUUUCAUUUGGUUUAAAAUAAAAAUAUUACCACACCAGGGGUUGUGGUGUUUGGCUUGGAAAUCGGGAUUCUAGGCAGUGCUUAAUUUGUAAAUCAUAAGGUGCCGGAACACAAAGUACGUUUGACAGCGCAGGGAUGACGGGACGGGUACAGGUCCCGGAACAUACACAGAAAAUGGUGCUGAAAACAACACACAAAUGCCCACUUGCUAUGCUUAUGCACUUAAAAGCCUCAAUUUCAGAUAAUAUCCAUGGUAUAAAUGUUAUGACAACAAUUUACAAUUAUUUAGGCUAACAGGUCUAACUUGUAAAACAUAGAAGAAAAAAAUCAGAGAUUACAAUAAAUAACACAAAACCAUUCUUUUGCGAGUUCCAUCUCCCCUGUCUGUUCUUGCCCCAAAGUUCCCACCACCUUACAAAUUGUGCAGCCCAAACCCGGAUUUCCCAUAAGGGUACUGGCCUGUUGCUCUGGCUGUUGGUAGUAGGGAUGUCCCAAUCCAGGUUUUUGCACUUCCGAUCCGAUACCGAUAUUGUUUUGCACUUCCGAUCCGAUACCGAUACUGGCCGAUACCGAUACCGGCCUAUCUGAGCAUGUAUUAAAGUUUAAAGUUAUUUAGCCUCCUUACGUAGUUGUCAGACUCAUGUUGAAAAGGGUUUUAGUACUCUUGAUAACAACUAGCCAGCUGAAUUAGGUGAGUUUGAAUAACACACAAUGGUUGGUAACAAGAAACUGACCUGUUUAUUCAGUGACAAACACAAAACAUUCUAAAUAACAUACAGAAAUGGCACAAUCAGUCAGUAAAACGUGCAAAUAAUAUUGUAAACUGUCAGUGGAAAAUCCCACAAACUUCCCAAGCUAUUAGAUGCUUUUAAUGUUUCGUGCAUUAGUUACAAAAAUUGUAUAAAAAGCCUCUCAGGUUUAAAUAAACGACUAUUUCUGUAUCAAGUUAACAUUUUAAAACAGUAAAUAAAAUACUC